AUUCCACAUUUUACCGUCUUUGAUUCAUGUCAGUUAUACUCAUCAAAUUUUUGUUUACAAUUUAGCUCAUUUCAACUUCGUAAUUGACCAGUAUUGAAUGAAGUGGGUGAAAGCUGUGCGCAAAAAAUAAAAUUCUCAGUCCAAAACAUUGAAUUUCGUUGUAAAUGUACAGGUCAAAUUCCCCUAAACAUUCGCAACUGAACCAAGACAAUAACAGAAGUACAGCAAUGUUAUGAUUGAGACCCUGUCUGAGGAAAAUCUUCCAUCAAAUUCAGCUGGUUAUUGUUAAAUGCCCCGUGGUAAGGAAUGUGACUAAACAAUGAGGUGCAUGGAUGAAAUAUCGUAUCGGAUAGGCCACCUCUUAGAAUUACAAACUGAGCAGUUGAACAUUUCAAUACGGUUGAAGCAUAUUGGCUAGUCGUCUCUCAGCUGUGGUUUUUGUCGCCUUUGACCUGGAAGGCAAAAACGGAAUGUAUUUUCGGCCUGUUGACUUAAAUGAAGUUACUCUCUCAUCAUCUACAUGUCGAUUUGGACAUCAGAUAGUCAUGUUGUUUUUCAUCUUUUCUUUCCAGCAGUUAACUUCAAAAUGAAUGAACUUGUCAAGAAAAGUAUUCAGAGAGCGUCUCUACUUUAUGUAUACACUUUCCUUGGAGGAUGCAUGUUUUAUCUUAUUGAAAGAAAACCUGAGAACAAUAGAGAGGCUUCUAGGAGGCUCUCUCAGGAACUCCGACAUGACUUCAUAAUGCAGUUUAAUAUUUCAAUAAACGAAAGUGAUUUUAAGCAUUUUAUGCAGAGAGCCUUUGAGGCCGUAUCAGUUGGGAAUAAAACAGACUGGAGCAUUCUACAUGGCCUUUUCUUUUCAAUGACGUCAUUAACAACAAUUGGUUAUGGUCACAUAACACCAGAAACUCCACUCGGCCAGAUUCUUACAGUGGUGUAUUGCCUCACUGGUCUUCCCAUAGCAAUGCUGGCUUUGAAGACUCUUGGAGAAAUAGUCUCAAAGUUGGUGUACAAGGUCGUUUUUAUUGUGGAGACAAAGGUGCUUUGCAAGAAAACACCUCGAAAAGUUAAAAUUAAAAGUUUUUUCAUUACAUUUACGCUGAUGCUUUUGACCUUAUGUGCUGGCGGUGUGACGCAUAUUUACAUGGAAGGCGGAACCUUCAUAGAGGGCGUGUACUCGUGGUUCGCAACACUUUCUACCAUUGGAUACGGCAACUACAUCCCAAGCUGGAGUUUGAUGCAAGAAACUGGAGAGUCCCACAAAACUCUUUGGCUUGUUAUUUCUGCUCUUUCUCUUCCCAGUCUGGCCUUANUAUUCAGUCUGGCCUUACUUUCCGUGGUAUCCGGGGUACUUAACUCACUUGUUGAAGCCAUGGAAGAAUUCAAAAUUCAGUUUAAGUCCUGUUACAAAUGCCCUAGAUGCCAAAAACGGAAAUCUACAGAACUUAAAGAACCUAAAAAGGCAAAGUCUGUUGGCGGAGUUCCAACAUGGGGCAAAAGCAAAGAAGAUUUAACUGUCCAUAAAGAGAGGUUACGAUCGGCUACUGUUUGA